AUGACACGUUUUGAUGAUCUGAGUAUUGAUUUGUUAAUAAAAAUAUUUAAUUAUCUUACAUUUACUGAAUUUUUUCAUGCAUUUUUUGGCCUACAAAAGCGUCUCAAUGACGUCAUUCAAGAGUAUCCUACAUGUAUUAAUCUAUCGAAAAUAAUGAAUUGGCUUAAUAUUCAACAAUUUUCAUUUAAAUGUCGAUCACUUAUAUUAUCUGGUUCAAAUUUACAUUCAUUUCAAAUGAAAUAUUCUCAUUUGAAUUUGACAUCUCUUCGUGUUGUUAUAUUUAAAAAAAUGGAUCUUGUUACAUUAUAUUCAUUUAUUGAAAAAUUACCUAUGCAACAACUUGAAUCAAUUACUGUCGAAUAUUUUACUUGGCAUUAUUAUCCGAAAGAUGCUUAUAAACAAAUUUGGUCAAUUAUUAUGAAUUCUAUCAAUGGUAAUUGUCUUCGUUAUUUACAUUUACCAUAUCAUAUACGAUAUUGGAAUACAAAAGAAUUUUCAUACGAUUUCUCAACUUUAAAAUAUGUUAUUCUUGAAUAUAUAUCAGUUAGUCAAAUGUUAACAUUUAUGAGUUAUUGUCCUAAUCUUCGUCGAUUUAAAGCUUUUAUUGAUGCUCCACAUAGAGAUCUUUUUCGAUAUACAAUUAUUCUUCCCAAACUUGAUCAUCUUAUAUUAAAUCUUCAAGAUGAAUGGACACUUGAAGAAAUUCAACAACUUUUAACUAUAUGUCCUUAUUUAAAAUAUUUGAUUCUUAAAUUGCAAACACAAAAAGAAACGAAGAUUAUAUUUGAACCAACAACAUGGCAAACAUUAAUCGAUAAUAAAUUACCUUAUUUGAUCUUUUUACGACUUCGAUUGAAUUGUAUUAUUGCAUAUUCAGAUACGAAACUCUAUAAUUUUCAAGAAACAUUUAAUCAUGCUGAAUAUUGGCUUCGUCGACAACCUCAUUUUCAAGUCAAAAUCAACAUAAUUCAACAAGAAAUUCUGUAA